AAAAAUCUUCUAUAAUCACAACAAGCAAUUAACACAUCUUUUCUUCUUCCACCUCUGACAAUUUUUUGCACUGCAUUAUUGAAGGGGACAUAGGAAACAGCACAAGGGGUGAAACCCCAAAUUCAUCCAGUGGCUCUAUGCUUUCGGGCUUUGUUCUGAGUAGGCAGACAAGGAGAAGAAAAUAGGUGGUAGACACAGAGCCAGACUAAAAGAUGCAAAAACAUUGAAAAAAGCCCAUCUGGAAGCAAACCUGGGAAUUUGGAUCACUUGGAAAGCUGAGGAGGAUGGUGGUGGCUUUUUGAGCUUGUUUAUUUGGCUUCUAGGAUAAACUCUUUGAUCUUCUGCUCGUGACUGAAUCCUGAUUUAUCUUGCACAUUAUCAAGCCCUGGAGUUCAGCAUUCUCACAGCAGACCAAUAGAAAAGACUUUGUCUUUUGACAAAGUAAAAGUCUAGUGAGUCUAGUGAGUAAAAGGCUUUGCAUGCCAAGAUGAUGCACGCGUAUAGCCACUAAAAUCAGCUAAUUUUCCAUUUUAUCCCUGAGACAGGUUAAGUCCAACCCAACCAUCUGGCUAAACGCAACACUGGGAACUAUCUAGCAAUACAGGCAUAGAACACAAGGCCACACCCAUCACACUCUGCGGUGUGUCUGCAAGGAGGGUGCAAGAGAACAAUUUCACAGGUAACUCCCUCAGACAAACUGUAAUUUACAGGCAGUGACAUUUGACAGGUGAUAGGUUUGGUGUCACCAGUUGGGGACAAUGUUAUUCCACAGACAAGAACAAUGGCCCAAAGUGCUCGUGCUGAAGGCCUCUCACUGAAGGGCUCCCAGAAAUUCAGGUCACUUCAUCCACAAGGGUGUAAGGAUCACUCAAGAUCAAAACAGUCAUUCUUCCAGAGGUAUGGGGCUGGUGGUGAGAGUGCUCAAUCCAAGGAAGUCUCCUUGGGCAGCACUCCAGUCCCAAGGGAAGGGCUUCCCACCACAGACAUCCUGCUCCUAGGAAAACCAUAGGGGCUAUAACCUGGUCUGGUCAGGGCUUGUGGACAUACAUGGUAAUAGUCCAGAAAUUUCUUAGGACUGAGGCCUCUUAUUACCUGGAGACCCUCUGUGUUGACCAAAGGGUCCUGCCCUUCUUGUUCCCCCCACAAAGGCAGGGUUGGGGUCAUGGUGCACAUGGCGCAGAUGUGGAGUGGGGAUGUGAGGAACAAAAGUGAAAAGGGUGUAAAAGGGCAUGAAAGGCUGGCAGCCACCUCAAACCAGUCAGGGAAUGGGAUGGGAUCCCCCUGACACAGCCUGUCAUACCACCAGCUACAGUGGAACACAGAAGCUGUAUUUCAGUGUUAUUCAUGAAAUACAGAAGUCACAGUAUAUAUUUCUACUACUGAGAAUAUUCUUUUGUGGGUUAAGAUGGGCUUUUCAUACACAGCUGCUCAAAAGAACCUUUUCUCCCCUCUCUGUCUUCAGCCUGAGCAAAAGACGUGGCUGAGUUUGCUCAAAGCAUGGAUAACAGCAGUGGUCCUGUUUUUCUCCUUACCUUGCUCCUGCUGCAGAACACGAGCAGCCCCAAAGCCUCCACCUCUCCUGCUGGCUACGAGAUGGCAGAACCUCCACCACCAGGAGCCGGCUCCAGCAUGAACCACUCUCUGGUAGAAUAUGGGCUGAGGCCGGGGGAAAUCACAGCUGCCACCGUGGUUUGGGGAGCUCUGUGGCUGAUCUCUGUCCUGGGAAACUUCCUUGUCUGCUUAGUGAUCCACAGGAGCAGGAGGACACAGUCCACCACCAACUACUUUGUGGUGUCCAUGGCCUGUGCAGACCUCGUGAGCAGCGUGGGGAGCGCGCCCUUCUUGCUGCUGCAGCUGAGCUCUGGGCAGUGGAUGCUGGGCAGCAGGGUGUGCCAGCUGGUCAGAUACAUCCAGUACCUCACGCCUGGAGUCCAGAUCUAUGUGCUCCUCGCCAUCAGCGUGGAUCGAUUCUACACCAUUGUCUACCCCCUGAGCUUCAAAGUGUCCAGGGGGAAAGCCAAAAAAAUGAUUUUGACGUCUUGGCUCUGUGGUGCUGUGUUUGCAUCACCAGCCUGUUUUCUCUAUGGCUCCAACAGUGACCACCACUGCAACUUUUUUCUUCCCAGUUCUUGGCAAGGAUCUGCCUACAGUAUCAUCCACCUCCUCUUGGUGUUUUUGAUCCCGUCCCUCCUCAUUAGCCUUUUUUACCAGAAAGUCAUUAAGUACAUUUGGAGAAUAAGCACAGAUGGAAUGACUGUCAGAAGAACAACAAAUAUUGUUCCAAGAACAAAAGUAAAAACCAUCAAGAUGUUCUUAAUGUUAAACUCAAUGUUUCUGCUGUCUUGGCUGCCUUUCUUCACAGUACAGUUGUGGCACCCACAGGAAACAGACUACAGAAAGAGCUCCUUGCUUUUCCUGACCAUCACCUGGAUCUCCUUCAGUUCCUCAGCCUCUAAACCAACCCUCUACUCAAUCUAUAAUGCAAACUUCAGAAGAGGGAUGAAAGAAACUUUUUGCAUGUCUGCCAUGAAAUGCUACAGAAGCAAUGCAUACACCAUCACCACCAGUUCCAGGAUAGCAAAAAAAAAUCAUGUUGGUAUUGCAGAUAUUCCAGCUACAGCCAAAAGUGUCACCAAAGACUCCACCUAUGAUGCUUUUAACAGAGAAGACAAGGAAAGAAAGCUUGCCUGGCCUAUUCCAUCCAAUCCCCCAAAUACAUUUGUCUAG